AUGCAAUUCUCUCUCUCGAUUGCUACUAUCCUCGCAAUUAGCACCCAGACACUUGGUGCUAGUCUGUUCGGCCUCUACCGUAUCCAGCAAAACUUCAAUGGCGAGGACCUGGUCUUAAAUGGACAAGGAAACAAUACCACCCCUACCUUCGGAGCUCCCGUUGGCAAGGCCAGUCAAAUCUGGAAGUUCAAAGAUAUGGGGGACAACACUACGCAGAUUCAAUGUGUGGCAACGAAGCAAUACCUCAACUGUGGAUCUGGUUCUUGUUUGGAGUCGCCAUCUGCUCAAACAUUCUACCUGGAAUAUCAGGGUCCCUACCAGUACACCUUCCUCAACCUUCCUCAUGACCAAUCGCUGCGUUCGACAAAUGGGAAGGAGAUUACGACUGCCGAAGCGACUGAAGGGAGUGAAGACAAUAUAUUCGAGGUCAUUCGAGUGGAGUUUUGUGAGUGA